AUUGUUUCAAAGGGGCAUGUCCUUUGUUGGGAAAGAUUACACAUACCAUACUUUGUGGGACAAAUACAUUCAAUUUGAGUUUUCUCAGCAGCAAUGGAGUUCACUAGCACACAUUUACAUGCAAGCUCUGCGAUUCCCAAGCAGGAAGUUGCAUCACUAUUAUGAUUGUUUUAAGAAGUCGGUUGCUUUUUUGGAAAAGGAGAUAGAAUGCCAGAGCGUUUCUGCUGUUGAAGCAGAGCCUGUGCUUGAUAACGAAGUGUCAAUAUGUUUUAAGAAUGACGAGAUUUCUUCAAUCGUAAAAGGCCUGUUGGAUCCAUCUGAUGGCAUUGCAAGAUCUAAAGCACUGCAGAAAUAUCUGUUCCUGUCAGUGGGAGAAUGGUUAUACAAGGAAGCAUGCCAGUUGGCUGAAAGAUUUUGCUGUUUUGAAGCUAAUAUUCGGAGGUCUUAUUUCCAUGUCAAGCCUCUAGAUGUCAGCCAAAUGGAGAAUUGGCAUUGCUAUCUGGACUUUGUUGAGAUGCAAGGAGAUUUUGACUGGGCUGUUGAACUUUAUGAGAGGUGCUUGAUUCCCUGUGCCAGUUAUCCUGAAUUCUGGAUGGGUUACGUGAAAUUCAUGGAAUAAGGGGGAAGAGAAAUAGCUAAUCAUGCUAUGGACCGAUCAACACUAAUUUUUUUGAAAAGUACUGGUAGUGCAGAUGCUGCCAGAGAUGUCUUAGUGGACGGCAUCAAACAUGUGCCUAACUGCAAAUUACUUCUAAAGGAGCUGAUAAACUUCACAAUGAUGCAUGAAGGGCCAAGGCACAUAAAUGUGGUAGUCUGUUAUAGCUAAUGCAAUAUCUCAAGGGCCAGGUGUAUAUCAAGGACUGGAUGCGAAAGAUGCGGAGGAUAUUUCAAGCAUAUAUUUAGAGGUCAAAAUCUCUCUUUUAACUCAGUAUAUGCUGCAGUGUCCUUUAUUCUGUUCAUGGGCAAUAUACUAUGCAGUGGCAAACUUUCUAUUUUCUUUUUCUUUUUCUUUUUUGGGGAGGAAGUGUGAUAUCUUCAUGGUUUGUGAGUAUGUAUCUUUCUCCUCCAUGUGCUGUAGUUUAAUGUGUUUCAUUUGAACAAACCCAUUUCUUCAUCACUUACCCUCCCAAUCCCUAACUACAAAGAAAAAAGCUUGCUAGCUUUACAUCAGUUGGUAGCAUUAGAUCAUUACCUAAUAGCUAUCUUGAAAUCACUUCAUGCAGUUAUUUCUCAGACAUUUAUGCAAUGCUGUACAAUUUCCUUGUUA